GCUUUUCUUUCCUGCGGCAGGAGCAGCAGGAGUUCAACCUGGACACUUUGAAGAAGAAACUAUCUGCUACAAAUUGAAACUGACAUGCUUAUCCACUUCCGCCGACACAUUUGAAAUCCAACUUAUUGUCAUUGGAGGAAAACAUUCCCCAGUAAUGACAAUGUUGGGUAUGUACGUGCCAGACAGAUUUUCCCUGAAAUCGUCAAAGGUCCAGGAUGGAAUCGGUCUGUACACGGCGAGGCGGGUGAAAAAGGGAGAAAAAUUUGGCCCCUUCGCAGGCGAGAGGAAGCUGCCCAAUGAGCUGGAUGAAAGCUCGGACACCAGACUCAUGUGGGAGGUGCGUGGCAGUAAAGGAGACGUGCUGUAUAUUCUGGAUGCGAGUAACCCACGCCAUGCCAACUGGCUGCGGUUUGUCCAUCAGGCGCCGUCACAGGAGCAGAAGAACUUGGCAGCCAUACAGGACGGAGAGAACAUCUUUUACCUGGCUGUGGAUGACAUAGAGACAGACACAGAGCUCCUGAUUGGCUACCUGGACAGUGACAUGGAGGAAGAAGAGGAGGAGGAAGAGGAGGAGGACAUCAGAGACGAAGAUGAAAACAGUAAAGAUGCCAAGCAUCUUGUUAAAAUGGAGCUGGUCAUAAAGAAGGAAGACCACCCCUGCUUGCUGUGUGAGAGCAGUUUUCCCAGCGAAGAGAUCCUGGCGGCCCACCUUCAGAGUCUGCACCAGAGGCCCAGCACGGAGGAGAAGGAGUUCAAAUGCAAAAACUGUGGCAAGAGGUUCCCCAUCAAACAGGCUCUGCAGCGCCAUGUUUUGCAUUGUUCUGAGUCACUGGAUCCAUCAGGUGACUCUAAAGCUCACCAGUGCUCGCUGUGCCACAACACAUUCAGCUCUGAAUCCAGUUUUGAGCAGCACAAGGAAGCGUGUAAAGGAGACGCUCGGUUCAUCUGUAAAGCAGAGAGCUGCGGCAAAAGAUUCAAAAGCAAGGACGCCCUGAAGAAGCAUAAAGGAAAUGUUCACACAGGAAGUGCACGGCGGAAGCUGACGUGCAACAUAUGCAACCGAAAAUGCUCCUCCUCUCUGAAUCUGCAGCAACACAGAAAGGUACAUGAAAUAUUUGAAUGCCACGCGUGUGACAAGAAGUUCAUUUCUACAAAUCAGCUGAAACGCCACAUGAUCACACACUCGGAGAAGCGACCGUACACCUGUGAGAUCUGCAGCCGCUCGUUCAAGCGUCUGGACCAGGUGACGGCUCAUAAGAUCAUCCACAGCGAGGACAAACCGUACAAAUGUAAACUGUGUGGGAAAGAGUUCGCUCACCGCAACGUCUACAAGAACCACAAGAAGACACACUCUGAGGAGAGACCCUUCCAGUGUGAGGAGUGCAAAGCUCUGUUCAGGACCCCCUUCUCUCUGCAGCGUCACUUACUCAUCCACAACAGUGAGAGGACAUUCAAGUGUGACCAGUGUGAUGCCACCUUCAAGAGGAAGGACACGCUCAACGUGCACAUCCAGGUGGUGCAUGAUGGUCAUAAGAAGUACAAGUGCGACCUGUGUGAGAAGGCCUUUGUAACACCGUCUGUCCUCAAGAGCCACAAAAAGACUCACACGGGGGAGAAGGAGAAGAUCUGCCCGUACUGUGGACAGAAGUUCGCCAGCAACGGCACGCUGAGGGUCCACAUCCGCAGCCACACAGGUGAGCGUCCAUACCAGUGUCCGUACUGCGACAAAGCGUUCAGCAAGAACGAUGGCCUGAAGAUGCACAUCCGCACACACACUCGCGAGAAGCCGUAUAAAUGCAGCGAGUGCAACAAAGCCUUCAGCCAGAAACGAGGGCUGGACGAGCACAUGAGGACCCACACAGGAGAGAAACCUUUCCAAUGUGACGUGUGUGACCUGUCAUUCAGCUUGAAGAAGAUGCUCAGCAGACACAAACUCACACACAACCCAAACCGGCCCAUGGCAGAGUGCCAGCUGUGCCACAAGAAGUUCACCAGGAACGACUACCUCAAAGUGCACAUGGAGAACGUCCACGGAGAAACGGAGAGCUAGAGACCGUUAUCGCAGCACGGGGCUGGAAAUGUUAUCUGAUGCCUCUGAUACAGUCCAUGCUGCCUGCAUGGCCUUUACAUACUGUAUAUACAGAUGGAUAGAUAGCAGAUACUCUCUUAUUAAAGAUACAUACAUGUGGAAAUGGAAAACAUUUGGGCGCGUAUUUCCUGAUUGAAACAUGGCUGUACAUUUGUUUUUAAGAUAUUGUUAAAGAUAUGUUUGAGCAGAGCCGCUGUGUCUGCUCACUGAAUGUCUGACCUUUAGUUUUACUCUCUAACCAGUUUGUCACAAUCUGACCUCUUCCUCUAAUAUUUUCUCAACUUUCUGAACCCCUAACACCAUGGAUGGAUUCUGACACAAUGAGCUCCAGGGCAAAGUCACACCCCAGCUGUCCUUUUGGAAAACGUCUUGUUGUUGUCUCUCUUGUGCAUCACUUUAUAGUAUCUGUUUUGCAUGCCUUCAUUUCUUUUUUUCAUCUCUGUAGCCGUCUUUGCCUCUCUUUGUAGCUGUUUGUGUCCUUAUGUUCGUCUGUCUUAUCUUUCAGCUUGUUUAGCAUGUUUUUAAGUUAUGUGUUUGUUUUGUAUUUAUUUUUAUGUCUUAUACGUUGAAUUGUUUCCUUGUUCUUGUUGUGCAUCUCUUUUACUUUUAAUCUGUGCUUUAACUGUGUGCUCGUUAGUAUCUCUUUUGUAAAUCUUUGUUCAUCCUUAAUAUUGUGUCUGUUUUUUGUCCUUCACGUCGAUUUGUAGAUUUACUGCCUUUUAACAUUUUUGUUGUUUGUUUGUUUCUCUCUGUAGUUGUUUUCUGCUUUGGGCUCAUUUUAAUCUUACUUUGUGAUCUUUUCUGUCUUUUUUGUUUUCCUUUUGAUUUUCAUGAGUCUUUGUUGUCAUUUGUCCAUCUUAAUGAGUUUCUGUAUCUUCUUGCUUAUUUAUGUCGUUGUAUUGACUUUCCAACAACACAUGUCGUAAUGCUGUAAUCAGAGAUCCUGAUCCAGGGCUCUCUUAUCAUUUUUGUUCCCUUGGCCUGCUCAGUAAUCCAUCCAUACCUGGGACCAAAGACCUUUCAGUGCCUUUCACUAAAACCUGUAGGAUUCUUACAUGUUUACACUUUACUGUUACAUUCACACCUUUGUCUCCAAACGUCUUGGAGAUUUGGACUGUGAUGUAAGUUUAUUAUAUCAAAUAGAAGAAGUGCUACAGGAUGAUGUUACAGGAGAUGUAGAGGGAGAAGUGGAGCUAUGAAAACAAAUCUGUGCAGCUACAAAAUCUAAAGGUGCUAACAAACACAAUGCAUACAUGAUGCACGAGUUCUAGAGGACUACAAAGUAUUAUUAAACCUUGCUCAGUCUUUUUAAGAUAAACAUUUCUUAUGAACUAUCAAUUGAAAUGUAUCAUUGAUUCUCAGAUUUUCCCCUAAAUUAAAGAAACCAUGUUUUUAUUUGAAGGUGUAAUCUGGUUGACAGAUGUACUUAUUUGAGUGCAGAUGAAUAACUUCAUCCUUUCCCUGACCUGUUUGGGCUUGAAGUGUUUUACUGUUUCUGUGUCACAAACUGUUACAAAGAAUCCAAAGUACUGUGUGUUGACUUUUUCAAUGAAUUGUUCAGCAUGUUUUCAUAUGAACGGGCCCGGGUUAUUGUGCCUUACAGUAUGUGUUUACAUUGUUCUUAAUAACCCGAUUUGUUCAGCACACUAUUUCAUGUUUUUGAAUGGAAGUGCAAUUCUGUCUGUUUUAAAAACCCAUUCACUUCU